UUGCCUCAGUAUUCAACAACAGUCAUGAUGUAAGGGGGACAGAAUAAGUUCUUCGCUCUAUCUGAUUUGUCCGUCCUGAAGUCGAAAUGGCAAAUCUCCCUAUAGUGAGUCCAAUACACUGAUUUCAAAGGUAGUUUUGAGAACUUUGUUUAAUUAAGAGGGUUAAAAAAUGUCGAAAGUUCCUGAGAAUUAACUAAUUCUUUUAAUUUGUGUGCUUGACGCAGGUGUCCCAAGGAGACUGGUGGAGCCCAAGAGAUUUGGCUAUGAGUUUGACCGUGGCACCUUCAUAUACAAGUUCUUUUUCCUGAGUUACGAGAUGCUCACCUGGCCGGAAGCCGAAAUCUACUGUCGUGAUGCAGAGGGCGGUCACCUGGCCAGCGUGCGAGACUUACGAGAGAACAAAUACAUAGAAUCGAAGCUGCGAAUGCUCAGAUAUUACUUUGGAUAUCCCAAAUGGUGGAUAGGAGCUUCGGACCUCUAUACUGAAGGAAACUUCAGUUGGACCGAUGGCAAACCCUUCACAUAUCAGCGCUGGGUUCAGGGGGAGCCCUCAGGCCAUCACAGGGGCAACAAGGAGGACUGCGCUGUUAUAACCGCUGACCCGCACUGGGGGCGAUGGAAGGAUGAUUAUUGUUUACACCAUCUCCCUUUCAUUUGCAAAAUCAGAGUUUGCAACCAGCGAGCCGAUAUUGGUUUCGCCAUUGACGCAUCUACAAGCGUCAGAGGAAGUGGCUUUAGAAAAUCCAAGGAUUUCAUCAAAUUCGUUCUGCAGCGGUUCAAAAUCUCUGAGCUUGGCAUUCAUGUGGGUUUGAUCCGCUUCUCCACUACUGCCAGAGUGAUAUUCAAUUUCGAAGAAUACUACACGAACGGGGACAUAAAUGCAGCCGUUGACAGCAUGAGGUACGUCAAAGGAGGCACAUACACCGACCGGGCCCUGAGACUGGCGAGGACCAAAUUAUUUCUCGAGAAACCACUGGGCAGUUCCCGUCCCUUAAUUCCCAAAUUCUUGGUUGUAAUGACAGAUGGCAUUUCAAAGAAUACUAGAAUUACAGCUAUGGAAGCUAAGGUGCUAAAGGAAAGAGGCGUUCAUAUUAUAGUAGUGGGUGUUGGUCGCAAUCUGGCGAGAAAGGAGUUGAUAAAUAUUGCGUCGUCUCCCCAAGACGUCAUCACUGCCACUUCGUUCAGAGCUCUGAAGAAAAUCGUGGUUGUAGCGAAGGAAAAAGUUUGCGGAGGAUUGUGAUAAACAGCAGAAAAUAGGUGAGCGAAGGAUUACAACGGGUGCCCGCCAAACUAAAGAACAACAGAAAACACGGCAAUACGGAGGAAUGCUAAAAGAUGGGAAUUCCCGAACAUUUAUGGAAGUCUCACGUGGACAGCAGAAAUUCCUGAGCAUUUUCGGAGGCUAUCGAGCCCAUCGAUAUUUGUGUGAGACAAUUUAACUGGAGAUGAGAUAACUUAUUUUAAAAACGGGGACUUAAUGGACAGAAAAAAGUAAAGAUUAAUCUGCUUCCACACUCGUAACCAAACCAUGAGUAAUGAUGUAUUGUUUUAACUCUAAACAAAACCCUUGUAUGUGACCAUUCGAAUGAAAGUGAUCUUGAGGGCAGCAAUUUAAUGUAAUACCGUUUGUUGCGAUGUUGAAAAUGUUUCCAAUUUCUAAAUAGUGUGCUAUAUAAAGGGGUUCUAAGUUUUAAGAUCUGGAUCUGAAUCCCUCACUUGCUCACUCACUCAAUCUUCUUCGUGUCCCUGAGCACAUAAAGCCAUGGAGAGAUCAAAAACUGUGAGUAAGAAAACAACAUUUAAGGAUGAGUGAAUUUAGAGGGACAAACAUAUAAGAAUAUUAGAUCUCAUUAUUACCGAGGAAAUGA